GGUAAGAAGCAGGCAGGGCAGGCAGCAGGGAGAUGCAGGCAGGGCAGACACGGAAGGGUGCAGGCAGGGCAAUCGGCGGGGGGGCUCAGGCAGGGCAGGCAGCGGGGCGGUGCAGGCAGAGCAGGCAGCGGGGAGGUGCAGGAAGGCCGGGCAGCGGGUGCAGGCGGGGCAGGCAGCGGUGGGGGUGCAGCCAGGCCAGGCAGCGGGUGCAGGCAGGGCAGACAACGGCAUCUCAGCCAGGCUGCUCCGGGGGAGCCGUGUGGGGAGGGGCCGAGCCCCAGGUGCUGGUGGCGGCAGCCCCCAGUGGGUGCGUGUGUCACCGCACGGCGCUGCCCGGUACCCCGGGGCCGCGGCGGGUGGGGAACGGCUCCCGCAGCGCCUCUGCUCCCGCCUUCCUCCUCCCCCUCCUGCUCCGCGGGUGCCGGCUUGUGCGUCCGCGGCAGCACCUCCCGCGGGACACCACCCCCUCCGGCCCGGCCCCGGAGGCGGAGAGCCGGCGGCGGCGUCGCGGCUGCACCUGCCGAGGCUCGGCGGGGCCGGUGGAGGCAUGCCGACAGGCACGGCGCCGGGGCUGGACGUACCGCGGACUGCCGCGCCCGGGCGGGACAACGGCGGCCCCCACCGAUACACAGGGCAGUGCAGCCACAUCUUCCCUCCCCAGCUCGGCACGCUAAACAUCCUUCACGGCAACGGCACGGCUGUGGGGACCGUAAUAACGUUCCAGUGCUCUGCCGAGCACCAGCUGGAGGGACCAGGCUUCAUCACCUGCGUUUGGAAAGGGAAUGGUACCCAGUGGACAGCCGGAGUGCCCUCCUGCCAGCCCAUAUCAAAAUAUGAGAGUUUUGGAUUUAAGGUUGCAGUGAUUGCCUCCAUCGUGAGCUGUGCCGUCAUUCUGCUGAUGUCCAUGGCUUUUUUAACUUGUUGUCUUAUCAAGUGUGUGAAGAAAAGUGAAAGGAGGAGGACUCAAAGAGAUAUGCAGCUGUGGUACCAGCUCAGAGCUGAAGAACUAGAGCACAUGCAAGCUGCUUACUUUGGGUUUAAGGGAAGAAACAAUAACAACAAUAAGAAACUCAGGAAUAAAUCAGUAUUUGAUGGUAUGACUAACAUGGCAUAUGAUAACCACGGCUUCUACAGGUUCCAGGAGGAGUGGACUCGGGACAUCAUAGCUCCUGGGUGUUGCAAAGACAACAAUCAUCCGCCUAAGUUAACCAAGAGCAGUAGUACACUGAUGAAACAGGCUGUACUAGGACACAACACUGCAGUACAGACAGUGAACUCAAUACAUGUCGAAGUCCAUGCACAUAAGGAUAGUUUUAACAAACUGAGCUGCCAGAUACCUGCUGCUGUCUGAAACAUGACUGCUCCUCUGCACCCAAAUGAAAUUUGGAUAGAAAUGUGUGCCUUAAAGACAACAUAGAAAGUGAAUUAUUCAUAUGAAUUUGAAAGUUUUCUAUAUUCCAAGAUGGUUAUUUAAUAGAAACACUUCAAGUUAUGAUACAAAUGAAAAAAUGAAUGUUGAGCUUGACAGUCCAUUCUCUAUGGUGUGCUAUGUCUUGUGACCAUGGCAAAACCAAAAUCUUCUGUACAUCCAGACAGAAAUGGUAGCCAGUUUGUAUAUUUGCCUCAUAAAAAGUCACUGAUGAUAAUUACACAUCUGUAAGAUUGCAACCUUCUUUUAACCAGUGGUUUUUGUAAGCAUUUCAGAAUGAAAAAUCCCCCAUAUUUUUACACAGUAGUAUAAUAGAAUUACAAUAAAACUUUGUUUUUAAGUAAAAGCCCCUGUUGUUUGGUAUCAGGAAGGCCUUUUUAUUGAAUCCUUGUGCUUCGCAUUUCAAGACCACGUGUGACAGGGUGCAGCCAAGGCACAGCUCUGGAUCCACCAGCCUGUGGGAUGGAGGAGGUGCACCUGAUGGCCGGUGCAGGCCUGCAGGUGGAAAGGUGGUCCAGGGCAUCACUGCAGCAUCCCUAUGAGAGCACUGAAAGGUGAUCCAGUUUUGGGAAAACCUGCCUUCUUUUCCAAAUAUUAAUCUGUUCGCUGUGUGAGGAAACAAGGUGGGGUUUUUUUCUUGUUUUGUCAUUUUGAAUAGCUAAGUAACUGAUAGGGCUCUUAUUCUGCUGUUUGUAUGCACACACAUAUAUCUUACAGUUAGUGUAGAGUUAUUUUUGUUCAAGUUGAAGCCUUAUUUAUUCUCCUGUUAUCAGCUGUCUAAUGGGUAUUGUCACAUUCCUGUCA